GUUGAGGUCGCUGUGCAGCUAUGGCAACUGUAAACUGAAUGGUUGGUGGUAGGCUUUUGAGUAGAGGCUUAGAUCAUGACUUCACAAUUGUUUACUAUUUCUCUAUAAUAAUCCAUGCAGAUUGUUUUGACAAAUGCAAAUGGAUAGUGACAAUAAUUCUGGAGAAGAAGCCGUUGAUGCACAAACUCAGUCAGCUAGCAUGCAGCCUACCAGCCCACAGCCAGAUGUCUCGCAGUCAACCAGCCUACAGUCGGACAUACCUGAGCCGGAGAAUCCUGCACCGGAUAGCCCUGGACUAGGCAGCCUUGGGCCGGACAGCGGCCUACAGCAGCAGGAUCCUCCAGGACAGACACCUGAAAUAGACAAGGAGAGCCAUUCACCGACUGGAAGUGAAAGCAUCAAAGCACACAAACAAAAUGAAAAAGAGAGCGAAAACCAUGAAGUUAUUGGCCAGAAGAUCAAUGAACGAGAACUAAGGGUUGUAAAGGACGAUGUUGAUGCAGAGGGAAAAGGAACUGCAAGUACAAACAUUGACACAGAUGAAGAAGUGGGAGAAGAAGGUGUAGAGAAAAUGGAAAAACAAGAUAUGAAUGAUGAGAAAGGUGAUGGAUCUCAACAGGAAUUGAAAGUGAGUGACAUGGCAGUGGAUGAAGUCAACACGAAUAUGGACAUGAAAAGCAACAAAAGGGAGACACCAACAAAGAAGACAACAGAAAUAAAGCCAUUACCAGUAGAUAACAAGAAAACAACUCAUAAACAGAAAAAUAAUAAAAGCAAACGUUCAGUAUUUAACAGAAGCCAUAGCCCCUCCAUGUGUAGCCCAGAAUAUGCCAUCGACACAAUGGUUGUUGAAGAGUAUGAGGAAGCUUCAAGACUGUUAAAAGAAACAAAUUCUAGGCUGGCUACAGAUGUUGAACUUGCUAGACAGCAUUCCCAGAAACUAUCCCAUGCAUUUAACAAGCGCAUAAAAGCAGCUCAAGAAAGGAUCGAGGAUCUUGAGAGGGAGCUGCAGAUGACCUUUGACACAGCUGUCCACUUCGAGACACUCUAUGAGAAAAUGAAGCUUGAAGAAGGAACAAGCAAAUCAUCUCAUUCCGCUCCUCACCGUGCUCAGACACCUACCACAAUCAUGAUCCAGCCGAAAGAAAUUGAUGUCAAAUAUUUGAGUUUAGUAGAAGAGAAUAAAUGUCUGAAAGAAGAGAUGAGGAGACUGAAGGAUGAAAACAAAUUAUUGAAAAUGAGGACGAAUGAAUCAUUUAUAGAUGUCCAGCAUCAUAAGAAACAACUAGCCAUUAGCUACAGUGACAGGGAAAUACUACAAAAAAGACUUCACAAGCAGCAACAGCAGAAUAAACGGUUGAAUCAAUCGAUGACAAAACAAACAAAUGCUUGGAUCCAAAACAAACAGCAAGAACGCAAGCUAGAUAGAGAAAGGCAGUUUCAACGUUCAGUUACCCCCAUCUCACUGACGGGGGGUAAGCAGAGAUGUAGGUCAAAACCGGUGAAAAGUAAUGAUGAUAAACCAAGGAAUAUACCUGUUGAAAGUUGGGCUUCCGAAAAUCCAUUGAAAACUAUUUAAUAAUAACAAGGAAUAUAAAAAUAAAGUAAAUAACAAAAAUUAAAAGAGAGGAAGAAAAAAUGGAGAAAUUAAGUGAGAGAUGGAUGCAGAAAAGGGAGUUAUUGUGAUAACUAUUUUGAAUUUGACAUUGAAACAAGGGAAAAUUAGAAUAAGAUGUGGUAUAUGGGACAAAUAGAGACGUGUGAAAUAUUGGGGUGUAAAAAGAUGUUAGAUGUCAUUAGAUCGGAUGAGGACAGAAUUGGAGUGAUUGAGAGGCAGACUAACAGAGUAAGAAAAGAAUGAGAGUAGAGAGAAUAUUAAAAGAGAGAAAAAGAAGUAUUUAAACGUUUAUAUAUCUAAAUGGUGAUGAUUGUGAGAUUUAAGAGGGCUGCGAAAAUGUAUUUAUAUGAGAAGCAAUUAAUAGAUAUAUUGUUGAAAUAAUAAGGGUUAGAAUAUUUAUAUUGGUGUAUAUUUAAAUGUGUUUGUGUGUUAUUGUGUUGUAAAUGCCACGCAAUAAAAGCAUGUUUGAUAUUCAAAUAAAAAUGGAAUAAACAAUUAAAUGUGUUGAGGAAGAGGUAGAUACGAUACAAAAGCCUUGUGGAGCGCCGGGUAGCAUUUGAUGGGGCCUGGGCUGUAAAUCCUCCCUAUGGGACUUCCUCCCUAUGGGAAUCCCAGCCCAGCUACUUAUCCCCCUGGCUGGUCAGGAAAAGUUUUAUUAGUUUUAUUAUUCAGAGAAGAGUACUAACUGGUAUACAAAGUCUUUCUGUUUUAAGUGUUGGAAUUGAAGAAUUCAGCGUUUCAGUCCAGCACCGUAAAAUCAUCACUGCCUAAAGUGGUUACCAGUAUUAAGGAUAUAAGAAUCUCCAGUUUUUGUUGUAUUGUAGAAUGUCAUACAAGCAUUUUAAUAUCAUUUGAAAAUUUGAUUUCAAACUGUAGUGGGUCUUUGAAUUUAGAGGCCAUGGAGCUAUGUGGAAGAUUAUUAUUAUGUUUAGUCAUUAUUAAUAUACACAUUGUGGAGUGAUUGGGACAGGAUUUGCCCAACGGGAAGAGGGCUGAUGUCCCCGAUGAAAAAAAAAUGUAGGCGUGGUCGGGCGUCGCUAAAAAUCUCGAAAAAAUGUUGCAAGGAAAAUAUAAAAAUUUAGGGGUUUCGAAGGCUUAUUUUAUCGAUUUUAGAGUCUACUAAUAUGUAGAAAAAAUACACCUUUUUUUUACAUUUUUUUUUCUCCCCGACGAAUUGUGGUUUUUCUCCCUGAUCGGCGGAGCAGUGACGGGGGAGCAGCCCUCCCCCGCUGGCGCUACCCCUGACAUUGUGUUGCCGAAACCCGACUGACCAAAAUUUUCGAUAAAUGAAUUAACCAAGUAGAACUUAAAAUUCUAGUAUCGUGCUUAAAAAAGUUCACUUUUUUAUGAUUUAAUUAAUAAAUUUGAUAUUUCUACCCUUGUUUCAGUUAUGUGGUUAUCAUUUUACCACCCAAAAUGAAGUGACUGUAGGUAAAAUUGUAUUUUUCACAACUGCAUAUAAAGCCUAAUAAACUGGUCUGAACUCAACACUGCAUUUUCUCUAUGAUUAAAGCAUCUGGAAAUAGCUCACACCAUAGAGAAAAUAGAACAUUAUUUUCUCUAUGCUCACACCCACGUCAUUAGGAGACUAUGCUACCAGCUGCAUACUCCCAUGGUGGUGUUGUUGAUCCAGACCAUCUGACAUUUUUUGGUAGCCGCCACCUCCCAUCCCCCCACUCCCACCCUUUACCGAAAAAUCCUGUAGUCCCGACCCACAUUUUUAAAUUGUCGCUGUUUUUGGGCAACACAUCAGUCUUUGUUUUAGUCUAUACAUGUAUAUUAAUAAAUGUAUAAAUAUCAUAUCGCUGCUAUUCUCUUCCAAAUUUAA